GGUCACACAAUGUAAGAAGUGCCCAGGCAACUAUUUGAAGUCUCCAACCCUAAUACCUGUGGUAACUAUGGGAUUUUACCCUGCUGUUUGACCCGGGGAAGGAAUCUUUGAACCCGCUUGUGUGUAGCGAUUUUAUUUCUGAAUUAUCUACUGUCAAUAUCGGGAAAGAGAGAGUACGGAGAAAGAAACAUGGGCUGUGCCAAAUCAAAAGAUUCUGCGGACUUGCAAGGAAAAAGCUUAAAUGAUCAUGUGCAUAAAGCUCAAACAGCUCUUUAUGUGAAAGACCCUACAUCCAAUUCUCCUAACAGAAAUAACUCUCCAUCUAAGUAUGAUUCUCCUUCAGAAGGAUCAGAUGAUGUGCUAGUAGUUGCUCUUUAUGACUAUGAAGGCAUCCAUGAAGGGGACUUGAGUUUUAAGAAAGGAGAAAAAGUGAGAGUGAUCUCGCAACAAGAUGAGUGGUGGCUGGGAAUAUCUUUAGUAACUGAUCAGAAAGGUUAUAUUCCAAGCAACUAUUUUGCCAGAGUUAACACACUUGAAACUGAAGAGUGGUUCUUCAAAGGUGUCAGUAGAAAGGAUGCAGAGAGGCAACUUCUGGCGUCAGGAAAUAAGUGUGGUUCAUUUAUGAUAAGAGAUAGUGAAACAACCAAAGGUAGUUACUCCCUCUCUGUUCGAGAUUUUGAUCCUUCAGUGGGUGACACAGUAAAACAUUACAAGAUACGUACUCUGGACAAUGGUGGCUUCUACAUCUCUCCUCGAAUAACAUUCACCACUUUGACUGAACUAGUUAACCAUUAUAAGAAACAAGGAGAUGGAUUGUGUCAGAAGCUAACAAAGCCUUGCAUUAGUGAAAAACCUCAAAAACCAUGGGAGAAAGAUGCCUGGGAAAUACCAAGAGAGUCACUCAGACUAGACAAAAAACUUGGAGCAGGACAGUUUGGAGAAGUAUGGUUGGCUACAUUCAAAAAUCACACUAAAGUGGCAGUGAAAACCAUGAAGCCAGGUACUAUGUCAGUGGAAGCCUUCCUCAUGGAAGCUAACCUCAUGAAGGCUCUUCAGCACGACAAGUUGGUGCGGCUCAAUGCUGUGGUUACGAAAGAGGAGCCCAUAUACAUCAUCACGGAGUAUAUGGCCAAAGGAAGCUUAUUAGAUUUCUUGAAGAGUGAUGAAGGGAACAGAUUACAGUUACCCAAACUGAUUGAUUUUUCAGCUCAAAUUGCAGAAGGAAUGGCCUAUAUUGAAUCCAAGAACUAUAUACACAGAGAUUUGAGGGCUGCCAAUAUCUUAGUGUCUCACAUGUUGGUUUGCAAGAUCGCUGACUUUGGCCUAGCCAGAAUAAUUGAAGAUAAUGAAUAUACAGCCAGAGAAGGUGCCAAGUUUCCCAUCAAAUGGACAGCACCAGAAGCCAUUAACUUUGGAUCGUUUACAAUCAAGUCCGAUGUGUGGUCCUUUGGAAUCGUUCUCAUGGAAACUAUCACAUAUGGCCGAACUCCAUAUCCAGGAAUGUCAAACCCAGAUGUGAUCCGCUCACUAGAACAUGGCUAUCGAAUGCCACGUCCAGAUGUAUGCCCUGUAGAGCUGUAUGAGAUUAUGAUGAAAUGCUGGAAGAACAAAGCAGAAGAACGUCCCACUUUUGAGUAUUUGCAGAGCGUUCUUGAAGACUUCUUUACAGCAACAGAGAGCCAAUACCAGCAGCAGCCAUAAUGAAGUGCCGAUAUGAACACAAUUGGACAAUGCAAAAAAAAAGUAACUCAAAACAUCCGUUUUUAGUUUUGACUCAUUAAGAUCUGCACUUGCAUUUUUGCACCACAUCCAAAGAAUGAAUCAUUUUUAACAUUAUUAACUGUAGUCAAUGUGUUUUCAAUGUUAAAUAUUUUCAAUGACAUUUUUUAAUGUGUAGUAACAAAUAUUCUAAAAAAUCUUUUAAAAAUCGUCAGUUCUUGGAAGGCUGAACAAAAGGUUUAUUUUUGCUGAAAUACUGUUUAAAAUAAUAUUGGUACUGUAUAUUCAUUGUCAUCACAAUUUAUUUUUUAUUGUGCACUAUUUUUAUACUGAAGGCAGUACUCCCAUGUCAGAUUCUUGGCUAUAGCCCCUUAUGCAACUAUAUCAAUUAGAUGUUUCAUAAAUAGAAAAAUAAUUGAAUUAUUUCAGAACCACAUAAGGAUCUCGUAACAUAGAGUGUUUCUUUAACAUACAUAGUUGUUGUAGUCAUCUACACAGUGAUUAUAGGAAAUAACUUAAUCUAUUUGUAAAAAGCUUGAAUCAUAUAUUCCCAAAAUCUGUAGAGUAUAGAGAGUUGCUUAAAAAAUAACAGAAGAAUUUGAUGAUCACAAAUAUUUUCAAAAAGACCAUAAAGACAUUAGGAGAAGAAUUAGGCUAUUCGUCACAUCGAGUCUGCUUGGCCAUACAAUCACGGCUGAUUUAUUUUCCCUCUCAACCCCAUUCUCCUGCCUUCUCCUCAUAACCGUAAAUAUCCUUACAAAUCAAGAACCUAUCAAUCUCCACUUUGAAUAUACCCAAUGUUUUAAAUAUUCCCUAACUACCUAUACUUAUAUCUAUCAGCAGAUCAACUAACCUGUGGAAGGACAAGAAGAGUUAACAAUAAAGAUCAAAGAAUGUGCAUCUGAUCAUCCGAAUGUUUUCAGCAUUCUCCUUUUUUUUUGUUUUAGAUUUUCAGCAUCUGCAGUAUUUUUGAUUUUGGUCCAUAUUACCAUUCUGUUCAUCAGCUUUGUGAGGCUUACAGAAAAGAAUGAUUAGCUUUAGACCAAACAAUAAUAAGACAGAGUAGAAUUAGGCCAUUUGGCCCAUUGAGUCUGUUCCAUUAUUUUAUCAUGGCUAAUUUAUUUUCCCUCUCAACCCAAUUCUCCUGCCUUCUCCCUGCAACCUGUAAUACCCUUACUAAUCAAGAGCCUAUCAACCUCUACUUUAAAUAUACCCAUUGACUUGGCUUCCACAGAUUCACACCCUCUGGCUAAAAAGAAAUUCCUCCUUAUUUCUGUUCUAAAAGGUCAUCCUUCCAUUCUGAGGCUGUGCCGUCUGGUCUCAGACUCUUACAUUAUUGGCACCAUCUUCUCCAAGCCCACUCUAUCCAGGCCUUUCAGUAUUCAGUAGGUUUCAAUGAGAUUUCCCCUCAUUCUUGUAAACUCCAGUGAAUACAGGCCCAGAGCCAUCAAACACUCCUUGUAUGUGAAUUCUUACAUUCUUGUAAACCUUCUCUGGACACUCUCCAUUGGCAGCAUAUCAUUUUAUUUUUUAUACAUGGUCAAAACUGUUAAUAUACACCAAAUGUGGUCUCCCCAAUGCCUUAUAAAGCCUCAACAUUACAUCCUUGCUUUUAUAUUCUAGUCCUGUUGAAUGAUCGUUAACAUCACAUUUGCCUUCCUUACAACUGACUUAACCUGCAAGUUAACCUUUCGGAAAUCCUGCACCGGGACUUCCAAAUCCUUUUGCCCCUCCAAUUUCUGAAUUCUCUCCUCAUUUAGAAAAUAGUCUAAGGCUUUAUUCCUUCUACCAAAGUACGUGAUCAUAUGCUUCCCUAUACUGUAUUCCAUUUGUCAACUCUCUGCCCAUUCUCCAAUCCGUUUAGGUCCUUCUGACUUCUGCUUUCUCAACACUAUCUAUGGCUUUACCUGCCUUGCUCACAAAGCCAUAUAUUCUGUCAUCUGUCAUUCUGUAAUAUAUAACAUAAAUAUUUGCAGACCCAAACUGACCAUUGCAGAACACCACUCGUCACCAGGAGCCAAUCAGAAAAGGCCCCCUUGAUUUCCACUCUUUGCCUUCUGCCACUCAGCCAAUCUUCUAUCCAUGUUCGUAUCUAUUCUGUAAUACCAUGGGAUCUUACCUUGUUAAGCAGCCUCAAGUAUGACACCUCAUCAGAGGCUUUCUGAAAAUCUAAGUUAACAAUAUCUACUUAUUCUUCUUUGUCUAUCCAGCUUGUUACUUCCUCAAGAAUUCCAACAGAUUUUUCAGGCAAGAUUUUCCCUUAAGGAAAGCAUGCUGAAUUUGUAUCAUAUUAUCAUGCGGCACCAAGUGCAUCCUUAAUAAUAGACUCCAACUAUCUUGCCAACCAAUAAAUUUAGGCUAAAUGGCCUAUAAUUUCCUGUCUUUUGCCUCUCUCCUUUCUUAAAUAGUGCAGUGACACUUGAAAAUUUCCAGUCUUCCAGAGCUCUUCCAGAAGUGAUUCUUGAAAGAUCUUUAAUAAUGCCUCUACAAUCUCUUCAUCUAAAUCUUUCAGAACCUUGGGGUGUAGUCCAUCUGGUCCACGUGACCUAUUUAUCUUACUGACACAAAAUACACAUUCACUCAUCCAUCAUUUCUUUGUUCCCCAUUAGUACCUCUCCGGCAUCAUUUUCUAGCAGUUGAUAUCCAGUCUUGCCUCUCUUCUACUAUUUAUAUAUCUGAAAAAACUUUUCAGAUUCUCUUGAACAUUAUUGGAUAGCUUAUCUUGAUAUUCAUUUUUUUCUCCUUCCUUUUUUAGUUGUCCUGCUGGUAUUUAAAAGCUUCACAAUCCUCUAGCUUCCCACUAAUUUUUGCUAUAUUGUAUGCUAUUUUUGCUGUCUUUGACUUGCCUCAUCAGACAUGAUUGCCUUGUGCUCCCUUUAGAAUGCUUCAUUUUCCUUGGGAUGAAAUGUUCAUGCGUCUUCUGAAUUAUUCCCUGAAACUCCAGCCAUGGCUACUCUACCAUCAUUCCUGCUACUGUCCCUUUCCAAUCAACCUUGGCCAGCUCAUCUCUUAUGCCUCUGUAGUUACCUUUGCUCAACUGUGAUACUGACAUAUUCAAUUUUAGCUUCUCCCUCUCAAACUACAGGGUGAAUUUUACCAUAUUAUGAUCAUAAUAUGGAUUCCUAAGGAUUCCUUUGCCUUAAGGUCCUUAAUCAACUCUGGUACAUUAUACAACACCCAAUCCAGAGUUGCCUUCUCCCAAAUGGGCUAGACCACAGGCUGCUCGAAAAAGCCAUCUCAUAGGCAUUCUACAAAUUCCUUCACUUGCGGUCCAAUACCAACCUGAUUUUCCCAAUCACCCUGCAUAUUGAAAUCCCCUGAUACCAUUGUAACCUUACCCUUUUUACAUGCCUUUUCUAUCUCCCAUUUUAAUUUAUACAUCACAUCCUGGCUACUAUUUGGAGGCCUGUAAUAACUCCCAGCAGGGUCUUUUUACCCUUGCAGUUUCUUAACUCUACCGACAAGAAUUCUACAUCUUCUGAUCAUAUGUCACUUCUUUCCCGAGAAUAUUUCAUUUUAUACCAACAGAGCCAUGCCACCCCCUCUAACUACCUGCCUGUCUUUUCAAUGUGAUAUUUAUCCUUGGAUAUUUUGCUUCCAGCUGUGAUCUUCCUUCAACCACUAAUCUGUGAAAUCCACAGUCAGACUUAACAAUUUCUAGCUGUGGUACAAGCUUAUCAUCUUUAUUUUGUGUUCUGUGUGCAUUUGUUUUUGACAUUUUCAUUCCAGUAAUCACCUCCCUUCUUCUCAAUUUUGUUUCUAUGAUACCUAAAGAUAAAAUCUUAGCCUUUUCUAAAAUCUCUCUUAUUCUUUAUUCUAGAGUCUUUAGUAGCCUCUCCUGCACUGUCUUUCCCUUUUACUUUAUCCAUACUUCUCCGAGCUAUUGAACCCAUCCCCUACUAAUUAGCUUAAAGCCCAAUCUACAGCUCAAGUUACGUGAUUCACCAGGACCCUGGUUUCAGAAUGGUUCAAAUGGAGCCUGUCCCAUCAGAACAACUCCCUUCUUGAGGGAGCUAUUCCAAUGGGACUGGCUCCACCUGAAUCCCCAAUAAGGUUAUGACAACUAAUGGAAUAUCUGCCAAUUCCUCUUGCGUGAAGUUAACAAUGUUAAGAAGGUAAGCUCAGGUAAAUUCAGAAUACUGAGCACUGAACUGUUCAGCAACCAAUUUCUGAAAAAUUGAUGCUCUUAGCCCAAAGCUAAGGGGGCUCCAGGUCCAAACUAAAUGCAAAAUGUGCAGUUUAAAGUGUGAAUUACUGGAAAAACAUUAAUUUUUCAGCAACGGGAACUGUACCACGAACAAGUGAGCUGCAGGAUUUUCUCACAAACAAGAGAAAAUCUGAAGUUGCUGGAAAUCUGAGCAACACACACAAAAUGCUGGAGGAACACAGCAAGCCAGGCAGCAUCUAUGCAGAAAAGUACCCUCCUGCUGAAAGGUUUCGGCCUGAAAUGUCGACUGUACUUUUUUCCCAUAGAUGCUGCCUGGCCUGCUGAGUUCCUUGAGCAUUUUGUGUGUGUUGCAGGAUAGUCCAGCAGGAUUGCCUUUGAAGCAGAAGGACUGUUCCGGAAAUUGGGCAGCUUGACACAGAAAGAGAUUGCUACUGAAGCCAAACCAGUGAAGUAAUUCCAAUCUAUAAUGUUUUUUUUUAAAGAGCUUGAGUUUUAUUGGCCUCUUUUAUUGUUAGAAUAUAUUUGUUUUUAAGUUUUUUUUAAUCAGGUGUGUAUGUUUUGGGAAUAAUUUAUAGCAAUGAAUGUACUAGGUGUCAUCUGAGUGCAUCGUAGCUUUGUUUAAUAUGGAUUAGAGUAUGCACAUGCUUUAAGGUUUAUAAACUGCAUUCAUUUUUCACAUGGCUUGAAAGCAUGAAAUUAUAAUUCCAAAAAUACAUAAUGUAUAUUUCAAUGAAGGCUUGAAGUGUGAAAUAAAGUGCCUUAAUCUCAAUAUUACUUGUUCUGAAAUUUAACAAAUCAAAA